AAUGGUGGAUCCGUUGAAUGUCGAAUCCAACGCAGUCGAGAAAUCGCUCGUCUGGGUCGAGUGCGAAUGGACGAACGGCGAGACGCUGCCAGCGGAGCAAGAGGAACAGAGACCGAAAGAGACUAAUACGAACAUAACUACGGCAGCGUCUAGUCCGCGACGUAUAGCCGCGGAAAAUCGACCAGCCAGGAGGAAGGCGACGUGCGUGGAGUGCGAUCAUUGUUGCCGCAGGUUCCCGAGCAAGAGCAACCUCGCGGAACACCUGAAGCAGCACAGGCACAAAUGCGCGGACUGUCCGAAGACCUUCAGUCUGCUACGCUGCCUGAUCUCGCACAUCGAGAAGAACCACCGGCAGCAGGUGUACGAGUGCAGCGUGUGCGAAUACAAGAGCAACAACAAGGGCACCCUGAAAAAUCAUUACAUACGACUGCACACGAGCGGCUAUGACUACUCGUGCGACACCUGCGGCAAACAAUUCAAGAUCAAGAAGGCGUUAAACCACCACGUGAAGCAGCAUCACAGCGGCGCGCCGCCGAUCGUGUGCGACGUAUGCGGCCACUUCAGCAAGAACCUGCACGCGCUGAAGGCUCACAUGAAGUACCGCCACUACAAGCCGGAAUUCGUCUGCCGGAUUUGCAGGCGCGGCAUGACGACGCAGGAGAAUCUCGAGCAGCACCUCAUGUGGCACGAGACCAGGGAGAAGGUGCUGUGCCCGACCUGCGGCAAGAGGUUCCGCGGCCGCGACCUUGACUCGCACAUGCGGGUGCACACGGGCGCGAAGCCAUUCCCUUGCCCGGUCUGCGGCAAGACCUUCCGACGGCAGACCGCUCAGGAGCAGCAUGUGCUGAUCCACACGGGCAAAAGACCUUACAUUUGCGACAUCUGCGGUCAGGCCUUCGCCCAGAAGCCCGGUUUAAUCUGCCACCGGAAGAGGCAUCCCGGACCGUUGCCCCCACUACCGGUGGUCUCCAUCAAAAGCAUCGUUACGGAAUUUACGAAGGAGUACGCGACGAAAAAAGCGGUCAUCAAGGUCGAAUAGAAGGAACACGUGAGGGAGAAGAAGAGAGAGUGUGUGUAUUUGUGUGCUUCGCGUUGUUUCUAACGCAUUCUAAUGCGUUUUUCUGCAAGGAAGUCUUGCGGGAUUAUACCCACGGCCUCUUUUUACGUCGAGUUUUCGAGACCGAAUGUCUUUCUAUGAAUUU